CCAUUCUCCUCGCAGUGAUGAAAAUUACCAAAGAAAAUCUUUCCGAUAUUAGGGAAGAAUACGAAAAGGCGCAUCGCUACAUUGACGAGGAAAGUAAAAAUGAUCCACCGACGGAACCGUUCCGUUCGCAUUAUAUCGCCCGUGACGUACUAAACAGUGCGCUACGAAAGGUGAAAAUCCUCUCGGAGGCCCUCGAUCCGGAAAGUGAAGUGGCCACAACGGUCCGUUGUUUACAGGCAAGCAUCCUGAAAGAUAUCGCCAAGAUCACUAUCUUCGUUGAGGAACCGCGCGGUGAGGUUUUGCUGCAGGAGGCACUGGAGCUGAUCGAGAAGGACUACGAUAAGGAACCAGCUAUAAAUGUGCGCAUCGAAAUACUGAAUCAGCUCGGCAUAAUGGCAUGCAAUCAGUCGAACUUUGUCGAGUCAAAGCAGUAUUUGGAUCAGGCAAAGGAUGUGUACUUUGAAACGAAAGAGCUCGAACGUGAACCGCUCACGAUGACCGACAUGUUCGGUACGAAGGAAGAGGUGGAAAAGGGCAAAGGCAUGAAGCUGCUGGAAUCGAACCACACGCUGACACUGUACUAUCUGGCGCAAGUGUUUGGUUUUUUGGAUAAUUUGGCCGAUUCAGCCCAGUACUGCCACAUGACACUCCAGCGCCAACUAGAGUACAACGAGUACGAGCACGUCGAUUGGGCACUGAAUGCUGUUACGCUGUCACAGUUUUACUUCCCGAAAAAUCAUCUCACCCAGGCAAGGCAUCUGCUUGCGGCCAGCACCUUCAUGCUGAACCGGUACGAAACGGAGGUUGUGGAAAAGGUAGAAAAUGCAACGGAACGGGCCGAAAAGGAAGAAAUCCUUCGUUACCGUAUGGCGGAUGUGGGUCGCUGUUGGGCAAAGUACGGCCUUCACAUUCUUGCCACCUUGAAGGAACGGCUAAGCGCGGACGAUGAACCGAACGAGGAUGGAACACGUGAACCCCCGCUAACGCCGGUUAAAAAGGUAACCCGUUUUACCGGGCUCGAUCUGGCCGCGUACGAAGGUCAGGUAACGGAUGAGUUCUGUCUCACGUUUGACGACGCGAAGCUCGUUAUGCUGAACUCCCUAUCGUGGCUGAACAAAGCGAAGGAAUACUACACGAAGGAAACGGAAGCUUCACAGUAUGCGAAAAUCUUGCAGGAUGUAGCGUCGCUGUACAAACAUUUGGCCUUCUUCGAGGAGGACGAUAGUAACCAGUGUAAGCUGUACAAGCGUGGUGCGGAUCAGCUGGAGGAGAUUGUUGAAAUUUUAAAUGCAACCUACUAUCAAACGAUUUGCAGGGAAGCUUGGUACGAGCUGGGGCUGACUUACUCCAACAUGCUGAACGUUAAGUUGGGCCAGCUGGAUGAGGUGCAGGCAAAGGAUCGCCCGACACCGCACGCACUCAACAAAAUUAAUCAUCUGUGCGAGAAAAGCAUAAGAAACUUUAAGAAAUUCAUCGAAUCGUACAAAAUCGAUCUGGAAACGCUAGACCUACCGGACAGUAUAGGGGAGGAUGAGAUGCAACCGAUACUGUACGCUUACUUCCACAUUGGCCGGCUGUACUAUCGUACCAUAACGCCGGACAAGCGGUUGAAGCUUAAAAAUACGGAAAACAGCCUGUUUUACUACAAUCGCUUCGUUGCUUGCUGUCAGGAUGAAAGGAUGAGGCCGCUGUUUGUGCAGGAGCUGGGUGUAUGCCGGGAAAUUAUUACGCUGCUACCGUUAAAAAUUGAAAAGCUCAAGUCGGAGAUUGCUGAAGGAUAA